ACUACAUACCUUGACUCGAGUUACUUGGCAAAACUGUCCCAAAUGUUAAUUUACAGAUGAUUCGUUGUCAAGUUUUACUAAAGCAUCAUUUGGAGGUUGCCAAAAAACAGAAUCAAGCUAAGAAUAUCCUUAGUUGAAUCGGACUCUGUGUAUAUUUGGAAAUCCCUUUUGUUAGUAACUUUCGUUUUGGUGUAUGCAGCUUUUUUGUUAAUUUUAAGUUUGAAAUAUUUUUAUCUCUGUUGUCGAGUGUGUAAAAGAAAAAACAAAUUUUUUUUGUGAAGUUUUGCUAGGUGUCCUAUUUGGUUGCGUAUUUUGAUUUUUAAGAAGCGUCAUGGAAAGAGUCAAUGAAGAAGAGUUGAAUGAAACAGAGUCAAAUGACACAUCUAUAGCACCUUUACCCAGGCUAUAUUUCGACGUAAAUUAUCAACGUACAGCAGAACAUUGGGAUUACGAAAAUUACCGUAUAGAGUGGUCUGUGCCUUAUUCGUACGAAGUGAUUCGACGGGUUGGAAGAGGAAAAUACAGUGAUGUUUUCGAAGGAAUUGAUAUACAAAAAAACGAGUUUUGUAUUAUUAAAGUUUUAAAACCUGUUAGACAAAAAAAAAUUAAUAAAGAAAUAAAAGUUCUUAGAAAUUUACAAGGUGGGCCUAAUAUUGUUAAUCUUCUUGACGUUGUUAAAGAUCCUGAUACGCGAACUCGUAGUCUUAUUUUUGAACAUAUUAAUAAUAAAGAUUUUAAAACGUUUUACCCAACAUUAACGGAUUUGGAAAUAAGAUACUAUAUUUAUCAAAUACUUAAGGCUUUAGAUUACUGCCACAGUCAAGGAAUCAUGCACCGCGAUGUCAAACCUCACAAUGUUAUGAUAGAUCAUUCGAAAGGAGAGCUGCGUUUGAUUGAUUGGGGGCUUUCAGAAUUUUAUUAUCCUCAUUGUAAAUAUAACGUUCGAGUAGCGUCUCGCUUUUAUAAAGGCCCUGAAUUAUUGGUUAAUUUACGGUCUUACCAUUAUUCAUUAGACACUUGGAGUUUGGGAUGCAUGCUCGCAUCUAUGAUUUUUAUGAAGGAACCUUUUUUUUAUGAACAAGGAAAUACGUAUCAACUACUUACUAUUGCAGAUAUUUUAGGUACCGAAGAUUUAUUUCAGUAUUUAGCAAAAUAUAAAAUUAUUCUGGAUUAUGGUUUACAAAAACGUUUACGACGUCGACAACGUCGUAGUUGGAAUAGUUUUGUCAAUGAAGAGAAUAAACAUUUAUGUACCGCUGAAGCUAUAGAUCUAGUAGAUAAAAUGCUUGUGUAUGAUCAUAAUACACGCCCGCUACCUAAAGAACUUAUGAGCCAUCCAUAUUUUAGUCCAAUUAUGAUUAAUGGUGAAGCUCAGUUAAUAUCUUCAACAUCACCGAAAGGCAUUUCUUUACCAACAAAAUAAAACUUCGGCAUUUUUAUUAUUGUGUCACGUCUUAAAAUAAACCCACAAGUAUUUUCAUUUGUUAGUAACAAUUUUUGUGUCAACAUCAAGUUAUUUUGAAAACAUAAAAUUUAUCAGUAACGUCGAAUCAACAAGAAAAUAAUAUGUUUUGAUAAUAGAUUCUUAUUUUUUCUUCUUUUUUUUUGAGUAGAAUUAUUUUAUGAUAAAUAACAAACUAUUUCUACAUCUUUCGAUCACCCGACUUACAAUAACAGCAUUAACAUCGUUUGUUGAUAUGAUUAAAAGUGUUGAAUGUUUAAAAGUAUAUUCUAAAUCGAAAAUGUUUUUCAAGUUUUUUUUUUGUUUUAUUCUGUAUUUAACACAUCUCUUAGCUCUACGAAUUCCCCGUUCAGUGAAUGAAUUGUUAUCACAAGUGCCACUACUACCUCCAAGCAAUUCUAUUCUUUCUCCAUUUGAUUUUCAAAAUACGUGGCAAGCAUCAAAAAACGCGGAAAUCAAUAUCAAUUAUGAAAGCCCAGUAAUAAGUCAAAGUACACAGACCCAAUUGCAAAAGAAUGUGAGUGAUCUUUAUAGUGAUCUGAGUCAAAAAGAAAACAUCAAGCAAUUGUUGCUCAAUGAUUAUGGUUUUGAACAGGAGCAAGAAACACAAACAAUUGAUAAUUAUAUUGAUAGAUUACAAGCAUCAUCAAGUGUCAUGACGUAGUAAUUUUGGGGUUUUGUAAGUCGGAUUCGGUCUAUAGUUAAUGUGGUAAUUUAGAAAAAAAGUAACUAACAAAAUUCUUUUAAUUCGUGAAGGGAGUUCAUUUUCUUGUGUCAUUAUAAUAAUAACCUUCGGUUGAAAUGAAACAAGAAAUUGAAAAAAAAACUUUGUUUUAUAAUGCUAACUUAUAUGACACU